AUGGCUGAUAGCGGCUUGACGCUGCGUCCAAAUCAAGAGGUGUCGCUGGAUCCUGAGACCGAGUUCGAUGAUGGCGACCUAGACCAGAUAAUUCUCGAUCUGAGUUAUCGUAUCGAGCCUCCUCCAGGCGGUAUUAAUGGGUCCGUGUUCAAUCCUGGGAUGGCCAAUCAAAGCCUACUGUAAGAAAGAAUUCUCCCUUGCUGUGACCCAGGUUGCUGAAAAAGAUAGUCCUGUUCAGAACGCCAGCUUCCUCCAGCCGACACCUGGGAAUAGCGUGUACGAUCACGCAGCUUUCACAACGGCUUCGACUCCCGCCGCACCGGACACCAUACAAUGUCGGGUUUGUGGUAGUGAAUAUACUGGAAAUCAUCGCGUGCGCAACCUCGCUAGGCAUAAGAGGUAUAAGCAUAACGGCGCUGUUGUGCUGUUGUGCCUAGAUCGCAGUUGCAAGAAGGUCUUCAAGCGCGAAGACGCUCGCCUGAAACAUGUCAGGAAGCACCAUCCUGAACUUGCUUCUGAUCCUGUACCGAGACCGGAGCAACGCAAGGGACCCAAUACCCUGAUACAGCACCAGUUUGAUCAGAACUACGAGCUCAACAACGUUGACGUGGUCCUGUCACACCGAGUGCCAAUGCCUUCGGGAACAGACCGACAUAGCCCAACUUCUCCCCAGUCGAUCGAUUCCUGGCACGACAACAACAACGACUUACGAAUCAAAGGUCAGUUUAUUCUAAACCUAUUCCCACGUCGGCAGGAUCUUUUUUUCGUGGGGGGGCCCUUAGGCUGGAAACUGAACGGACCCGUGGUAUCGAGCUUCACUCGUAAAGACAAGCGCCGGGAUCACAUUUUAGCUGGUCGUGAUGAGGAGGUUGUUCUCAAACAACGUUGCCAGCCAUCCAACGAGCUCACCGCCGCCAAUCUGGCUAAACUGCAGGCCACACACGAGUCGCGGCAACAGUACGAUCUGAUAUACUUCCCAGACGCUCUCGACGAGCAUGACGCAAUUCACGAAGGCCCCUUCGAUCGGAUCAUGUCCUACUGCGCGCAAACCGUCGUAAAUAGACCGCAGACUUCCUCUGGUCAUAAACACCGGCACAAUUUGGCGCAAGAUGAUUGCCAAUAUCUCGAGACCUGUAAUCACUCCAGACCGGGUCGAGACUGUUAUUGUGCCAUCUGUGGUCAUAGACCUGCUGAUAUCGCACAGGAUCGGUGGGUUUGCCGCUCUUGCUGUGAGAGCAGAUGCGGACCUGCUGCAUCUGCACAAGACGCUUGGUACUGCAAUUGUUCCCGUGAGUGUAAACAUGAACCUGAGAUAUCAUCAGAUGAUCCUGGAAGCUGUCAAAACUUUGCAGGCCCGACCCCUCAAUGUCAUGGUUCAUGAAGGAGAGAUCCGUGCAAUUUUAGGCUUAGGCCUUGGGCUGGCAGCCGUAUGGCUUAGAAUUCCAUCAAUAUUGAAUUUACACUAGAUGGAUGUGCGGCUUUGCCAAGUUUCAGAAAAUUGCCCAUCGUCGAUACAUGUUCCUCGAAACCUUCAAAAUUUACACAAAAUGGGCGCAUGUUCUUUCCAAGUGUAACUACCAAUUUGUAAAACGUCAAUCACACAGAAGACUGUAUACAAUUAAGAGCACACAUACCUCUACAAUCUUGUCUUCAUCCUUCCGUUCCGCUCGACGACU